AUGUUGCUGUACAAAGACGAGGCCUUCCAGGACAGAUGGACGACGGUGCCUUCUCUGACCCUGGACGAUAACAUUUUCGUCAAAGUGUUUAUGAUACCGGCUCACCUGAUGCUGCGAAUGGAGAGAUGCUGGGCGACACCAACCAGCGAUCCUUACAGCAACAUUCAGUACACCUUCAUCCGAGACAGCUGUCCGGUGUUGACCAACGCACAGACUCUGAGCGUGCUGAAGAACGGCCUGGGCCCGGAGGCCACGUUCAGGAUACAAAUGUUCAAGUUUGUCGGCAGCUCCUACACCAACGUCUUCCUGCACUGCAACGUCCAGAUCUGCCACGGCGGCCCGGGACUCUGCCAGCCUAACUGUUCCAGUGACGAUGGAUUAAUGAGAACGCGGAGAGACAUCCCAUUGUCCCACACUGUGUCUUACGGACCAAUCAGGCGACUGCUAAACGACAGUGAAAAGCCCAAUCUCAAUGCAGGCGGAGUCCCGGCCGUGGAGACCUUCGUCCUCGGGGGGCUGCUGGUGGUCCUGCUGCUGAUCACGGGGGUGUUCGGGCGGCUGUGGCUUCGCUCCAGGCGCUUCUAUCCGGCACGAGAGGCGCAGCUCACCCUGUCCAACAUUCACCACAUCUCAGAGGUGGCCUCAUGAAUCCAGCGGGCCUCAUAGAACUGAUAAAACAGACAUAAGACAAAAGAAAAACACAUGCACCGGUGUGAUUUAUAAUAAUAAUAACAAUAAUAAUAAUAAUAAUGCAGGUUUUGUGUAUUUUUUUCCUUAUUAUAAAAUGAAUUUCAGGAUUUGUAAGAAGCAAACAUAAUAAAUAUCUCUUUAAAGUGUU